AUGUUUUCAAGAAUUGCCAGAACUAGUUUACAGAAAUCUUCAUUGAGAUUGUUUUUAAGAGCUCAAUCUACCAACACAUUAACCAAGACCCAGCUUCCAUUCACAUAUUCUGCUUCCGGCCCAUCUUUCAUCAAAUACACUAAUGAACAUGAAUGGAUUGCUGCUCAUGAAGAUGGUACCGCAUUUCUUGGUAUUACCAAAUAUGCAGCCGAUGCAUUAGGUGAUGCUACUUAUGUUGAAUUGCCAGAACCAGAAACUGAAGUUGAAGCUGGUGAAUCCAUUUCAUCUAUUGAAUCUGUCAAAUCUGCAUCUGAAAUUUACCAACCUGUCGCUGGUACUAUUAUUGAAGGAAAUGAACAGUUAUCAGAUUCCCCACAAUUGAUAAACGAAGACCCAUUAGGUGCUGGUUGGAUCGCUAAAAUUAAGUUGAAAGAUAUAAAAGACUUAGAAUCUGGUGAAUUAUUCUCUAUUGAACAAUAUGAAAAUUUUUUAAAGGAAGAUGCCCAUUAA